CCAAUUUCAACCACCAACCUCACGACAAGGAAGGCAGCAACCACCUCUCCGCCACCCCCCCAGCAGCACAGCCAGCAACCCGUCGCUUGUCUGCAACAAUGGCUGCCAUCAACAAGAUCGCCCUUAACUCGCCCUCGCGGCAGAACCCCUCCGAGCUGGAGACCGCGAUCGCCGGUGCUCUGUUCGACCUCGAGAGCAACACACAGGACCUGAAGGCCACCCUUCGGCCCCUGCAGUUCGUCUCUGCCCGUGAGGUUGAGGUUGGUCACGGCAAGAAGGCCGUCAUCAUCUUCGUCCCCGUCCCUCUCCUCCAGGGUUUCCACAAGAUCCAGCAGCGUCUGACCCGUGAGCUCGAGAAGAAGUUCUCCGACCGCCACGUCCUCUUCGUUGCUCAGCGCCGCAUCCUGCCCCGCCCCAAGCGCUCCGUCAACUCCCGCACCACCCAGAAGCAGAAGCGCCCUCGUUCCCGCACUUUGACCGCUGUCCACGACGCCAUCCUGACCGACCUCGUCUACCCCGUCGAGAUUGUCGGCAAGCGCAUCCGCACCAAGGAGGAUGGCUCCAAGACCCUCAAGGUCAUCCUUGACGAGAAGGAGCGUGGUGGUGUUGACCACCGCCUCGACGCCUACGGCGAGGUCUACCGCCGGUUGACUGGCCGUGCUGUUGUCUUCGAGUUCCCCCAGGGUGGUGCCUCUGACUACUAGACAAUCCGGGAUUCUUUUCGAUAAUUCCAUUUCUUUUCAUCCAAACUUAUGAAAACCAAAUGUUGUUUUAAAGAAUUACUGUGUUGUUGUCUGGGAAAAAUCAGGAUCUUAAAGGGAAUUCAAAUAUGAUGGCUGUUGUGAGGAACUGGAAACUUUGAGAAGAUGCCUCUUCUCAUGAAAAAUUUUAACCUUAACCUUAACCUUUGACCUUCAACAUUAGUCUAUCGCUGCAGCUGUAAAGUAGGUAUGAUAGAUGGAGGUGGAACUUUCAGUGGAAUGACCCUCGCCUUGGGUUGUUUCUUGUGUAUUAUGGCUGUAUACACAUCUAGAUUUCCACGCCCCAUAGUUUUUUGAGUCCCGCUUGUUUGUUUCGCCAUGAAACAUGUUAAGUUCAUGUUCGCAAUCCUUGUUUUCACCAAACAUGUCCACA